GCCCAAUUUUCAUUCGCGCAUCCACGCCGUCGAUCGAUUCAAACUCAAUGGCGUAUCACGAUAUUGAUGAGAUUCUGAUGGAACAAGAGCUUGUUCCGGUUGCCUUCAAAACGGAGGCGAAAUGGCUCGGUCACCUGGAUCCCGGCUCGGCCUCUCCCGAUCUGCCAGAAGGCGCGCGGCUCGAUAUUCCCUUCUGGAUGGUUGUCAAUCUUCACCACCAAGACGCAAUCGAAGUAUUCGCGCCCAAGCAGUACUCCCAGUCGAGACGGAACGCGCUGAUUGCCGAAGCGACGUCUGUCAAUCUGAACGAGUGGUCUUCGUAUUACUACCGGCUAGGCUUGCGAUUGGAAAACUACUUGUUGGAUGUGGGCUUGAUGCAAGUGCUGCAACAGGCCUUUAUCGAUAGGUAUCGAAAUAUCCUCGAUCUGUCUCAGCAUUCGAUGGAGGAGGACGCUACUGAUGCCACCCGAAGACUGGACUCGCUAGAAAAGAAGCUAUUCAAUGCUGGCCAUGCAGCCGUUGCCGAAUUCCGCAUGUGGAAGCGAAAUGAGCACGGUCGGAUGAGCGCUGCGUCCAUUGUCUCGCAAGGUCGAAAGCGGAAAGCAGAGCGAAGCAACGACUAGUUUGCAUCCAGUUUUUGGUGUUGCCUUGUUGAGAAUGCGUUUUGAUAGACAUGUUUAGUUUUUUUUUGGUUUGUUGUUAACAACUUUGUUUGCUCAAGCUCGUCCAAAC